GGCAGGUGGAGGGGGUUUCGGAGCGGCCGGUGGGAGAGGCGUCUCCGACAGGACGAGGCCAAGGGGGGCUGCGUGCGGGGUGCGCGGCCCCGCCCCGGGUGCCCGGCUCAGUUUCAUCAUGACAACAGAGAAGAGUCUAGUGGCUGAGACCGAGAAUCCUAAGCAGCAGCAGCAAAAAGAGGAGGAGGAAGCUGCUGAAACACAGAAGCAAGAGGCUUCUUUGGAGGAGGCUUCCGAACAGGCAUCUGAGGGGCAUAAUCAAACGGGACAGAAACAGAAGGCAUCCAACGGUGAUAGCCCCACACACGAAGACCAGAGCAAGAACAAAGAGCGCUGCACUUCUGAGAGUCGGGGCCUGUCACGCCUAUUUUCAUCAUUUCUCAAAAGGCCCAAGUCUCAGGUUUCUGAAGAAGAAGGCAAAGAAGUGGAGAUUCCACAAGAGAAAGGUGAAGGAGGUCAGAAAGAGACAGAUCUAGGAGCCAGUCCUAAUGAAGAAAUCCUGCUGAAGGCCCCAAUAGCAGCUCCUGAACCUGAACUCAGGACUGACCCAUCUUUAGAUCUUCAUUCACUAAGCAGCGCAGAAACACAGCCUGCUCAGGAGGACAGGAGAGAAGAUCAAGACCCAGAGAGCAGAGAACUUGAGAUUAAGGAAGGAGACGGAGUGCAGGAAGAGUGUUCCAAGGCAGAGUUGAAAAUAGAGAGCCCUGAGACAAAAACAGGCCAAGAAUUAAAAGCCACCCAGAAAUCAGUAAGAAGACACAGAAAUAUGUACUGCAAGAUUUCCUUGCUGGAUGACACCGUUUACGAGUGUGCUUUGGAUAAACAUGCCAAGGGUCAGGAUCUGCUUAGAAAAGUAUGCGAGCACCUCAAUCUUCUGGAAGAAGACUACUUUGGACUGGCCAUAUGGGACUCUCCAACUUCCAAGACAUGGCUGGAUUCUGCCAAAGAAAUAAAAAAGCAGGUUCAUGGAGCCCCCUGGAACUUUACAUUCAAUGUGAAGUUUUAUCCACCAGAUCCAGCACAGCUGACAGAGGAUAUAACGAGGUAUUAUUUGUGUCUUCAGCUUAGACAUGACAUUGUUACAGGGCGUCUGCCUUGUUCCUUUGCAACACUGGCCCUGCUGAGUUCUUACACAGUCCAGUCUGAAUUGGGAGAUUAUGACCCGGAGUUACAUAGCGCAGAUUAUGUCAGUGAGUUUAAACUGGCCCCAAACCAGACAAAGGAACUUGAAGAAAAAGUCAUGGAACUACAUAAAACAUACAGAUCCAUGACUCCAGCACAAGCAGACCUUGAAUUUCUUGAGAAUGCAAAAAAGCUAUCUAUGUAUGGAGUUGACCUUCACCAAGCCAAGGACUUGGAGGGAGUUGACAUCAUUCUGGGAGUCUGUUCCAGUGGCCUUCUUGUCUAUAAAGAUAAACUGAGAAUCAACCGCUUUCCUUGGCCCAAAGUGCUGAAGAUUUCCUACAAACGCAGCAGCUUCUUCAUUAAGAUCCGGCCAGGGGAGCAUGAACAAUAUGAAAGUACCAUUGGAUUCAAACUACCUAGUUAUCGGGCAGCUAAGAAACUGUGGAAAGUCUGUGUUGAACAUCACACUUUUUUCAGGCUAACUUCCCCUGAAGCACUUCCCAAAAGCAAGUUCCUGGCACUGGGCUCUAAAUUUCGUUAUAGUGGACGGACGCAGGCCCAGACAAGACAAGCUAGUGCAUUGAUUGACAGACCUGCUCCACAGUUUGAACGAACAGCAAGUAAACGGGCAUCUAGAAGCCUUGAUGGAGCUAAACAUACGUCUCAAAAAAUUGAGGUCAGACCUAUAUUGGAGGAGAAGCAGGAGGAUGUGGUGAUGGUUGAGAUUCCAGAAUCAAAACCUGUGGAACAGUUCCGAGAGAAGCCAGCCAAACAUACUUUUGAAAAUAUUGAGAUGAAACCAAUAGCAGAAGAAGAGGAAGAGGAGAAAGUGGAGGUGUUUAAGGUUACUGUUCCAGAAUCAAAAUUAAUGGAACCAUUCCAAAAACAGCCAGUCAUACAUGUCCAUGAAAAUAUUGAGAUAAGCCCAGUAGACGAAGAUGAGGAGGAAGAGAAAGUGAUGACGAUGAAAGAUCUAGAACUAGAGCCCAAUUUUCUGGAACCAGUGCAAAAGCAGCCAGCAGUAGCGGUGAUUACACCUGACCGAAGCCCACGGCCCACCUCUGCACCAGCCAUUGCUCAGAGACAUGUUGCUGAACUUACCCCAUCAGCUGCAUCAGAUACCAAGGAAAUAGUAGUAGUCUCUAAAGUGGAGAAGGAAGCUGUGGAAACUGAGGGAAAGCGUGAAGAAAUGCCACCUGAGAAGGCCAAGAUGGAGCCAUCUGAAGUGGCCAAGGUGGGGAAAACACACAUGGAGGUCACAUUGCCUACCACAAAUGGUGACCAGCCCCAGCAGCCUGCAGAAAAAGAGGAAGGUCCGACAAGAGUGAGGAAGAAAAGAUCAAAGAAACUAGAUGGUGAAAACAUUUAUAUCAGGCAUAGCAAUUUAAUGUUGGAGGAACUAGAUAAAACUCAAGAAGAAAUAAAGAAACAUCAUGCUAACAUCAGUGAGCUGAAGAAGAACUUUAUGGAGUCCGUCCCCGAGUCCCGGCCUAGUGAAUGGGAUAAGCGCCUGUCUACUCACUCCCCCUUCAGAACAUUUAACGUCAAUGGGCAGGUCCCCACCGGAGUGGAAGGAGUCAAGAAAGCCACUGUCCUAUCCUCUGAAAGAAGGGUUGGUGGGCCAGAGCCACCCCUAGUGAAGACUCAGACAGUUACCAUCUCUGACGUGUCCAAUGCUGUGAAAAGUGAAAUUCCAACAAAAGAAGUUCCCAUUGUUCACACAGAGACCAAGACUAUCACCUACGAAGCGGCACAGACAGACGAUGGCAAUGGGGACUCAGACCCUGGAGUUCUGCUCACUGCUCAGACCAUCACAUCAGAGACCACCAGUAGCACAACCACCACACAGAUUACAAAGACUGUAAAAGGUGGAAUUUCAGAGACAAGAAUUGAAAAAAGAAUUGUCAUCACAGGAGAUGCAGACAUUGACCACGAUCAGGUUCUCGUGCAGGCCAUCAAAGAAGCAAAAGAGCAGCACCCGGACAUGUCUGUGACCAAGGUCGUUGUCCACCAGGAGACCGAGAUUGCUGAAGAAUAGCAAGGCUAGGAGAUGUUUCUCCCUGACUGAGAGAACACCAGAAAGGGAGGAGAGAGCGGUGGGGGAAAAACUGCAGAGAAACUACCUGGAGCACAAAGACCACAGAUUUACAAGAUUUGCUGUCAAUAACUGAACAUUCAUAUCACUUACUAGGAAUUAUGCUUUGACAUUUACUUGGGAUUUUCCAGAAUAUAGUGGAUCCUUUUGAAUAUUUUUAUAUUGUAAAACACAGUAUGCCAUACUUCUCACUGUACUGAAUGUUUGUUUUUUUAAAAAAAAGGUUUUCAGUUUUGCAUUCCCUCAUGCAUAGCCUCCAUAGGUCCUCACAAACAGGGUUGGUUCUUAAGUCUUCUUAUUCGUUCAGCCUCAUCAGAUAUACUGGGUUUAAGCCACGCUCAGGCAUAUCUUAGAAACUGCACCUUAGAAUAACAGCUGUUUGAAAACCCCAGUGAUUGAUGGGGCCUUCUGCCAGAAGAAUCAGUUUACUUAGAUGCCAUUGUGUGGUAUUUCUACUUUCCUCUUGCGAUUGGCCCUAGAUAUUUCCAGAAAACUCCAAGUCACGCUACCCAGGUGCACAAAACAGAGUUUCUAUACCUUUACUCUGCAUUUCCUUGCUUUUAUGGGUUUUGGUCCAUUGAUGUUGUUUGAACAUAGUGGGGGUUUUUUGUGGUGUAAUAUUCACACAUUUCAGUAGUGGGCUAGAUUAAGGAAUACUGGAAGUUGCUUCACAUCUCUAUUUUACUGUGAAUACUAGAGCUUUAAGAGAACUGUGACAGGGCACUACCCCUUCCUGCUCCUCAGAGACUGCAUUUCUACUGAAUGCUACCUAUCUAUUUUUGCUUUCUAGAUGCCAUUUAAAUAAGUAUAUAGAAAUGUGUGGUUAAGGGGUUUGGGCUCUGAAUGCUAUAUGGUAGGCUAUGCAGCAUUUGCAAUAGUUGAUUUCUCAGUGUCAGACUUUUAUUUAUGUUUAAUUUUUAAAUAAGUUUGUAAAUCAUGUUUUUUCCAGUACUAUUUAAAGCUAAGCACAUUACCCACAAAUCAGGGCAGGGUGUGUAUAAUCUUAAUUUAAUUUAAAAUCAUCUCUCAGACACUCUCACCUUUCUAGACAUGUAAGCUUGAUUUGGGCUGGCAGUCCAAGACUUCUCAUAGCUGUAGGUUAUAGCAACCAGUGGGAACAGAGUCAAACUGUUUGGAAAGUGCACAUGCUCAGAUCACUGGCAUUCCCCUCUCCACAUAAAUUAAGGUUCUGUAGUACAUUGGCUCCUUCACUGCCAUGCUGCAAUGAAACACCAGGGCCAGAGCUGGCUGCAGUUUUCAGCUUCUGGAUGAUGGUGCAUUCAGGUCUAUAAUGACAGCUGCUGGUUUUAAAACACCCCAUGUACUUUACCAAUAAAGCACUGAAAAUAUUAUUUCUAGAUACUCCUGUCAUAUCCACUAUAGCAGCUUAUGGCAUACUUGGUAGAGGUUGUUUUUUUAAUUGUAAUAUUUUUUAAAGUAUUUUUAGAGAGAAUGUGUGUGAAUGGAAUUUUCUACAUGGAGAUGAUCCAUAAAUUUGUAAGGUGACCACUGUGGUGUUAAUCAUGAUUUUCAAAAUGAGAGAGUAAUGCUUUUAUGGGGGUAGACAGCAGCAGGAGAUCACCACCACCUGUUUGGAUUUAAUGGAAACCUCUUAAUCAUGCCCUGGUUUUUCUUUCCAGCAAUAUUUUAAAGUUUUGUAAUGAAUAGAGUUGCGAGUAAUAUUUUUUUAAAGAUAGAGCUUUGAAGUUGUAAUUCUGUAUCUGGUGUGGCAUACCUCUAGCCGUGAGGGAGAAGAGCCCUUUGCUGCUAAGCUACAUUCCAGGAUGAGAAGAAACUGGCAGUAAGUGCUUCACUUAAAGUUUGAUGAUGUUUUUUGUUGUUUUAAAAAGAGGUAGAAGACUGAGCUAGACUCAAUGACUUACUAUUUGGUUGAAAAUUGUCUUUAAAUGGCACUGUCUUUACAAUUAAAAUUGCACCCCACCUUAAAGUAAAUUGUUAGUAUUGGCUAGAGACACUAUCUUUGAAAGGAUUAUGGAGCUACUUGAAUACUGGUGUAGUUAUCAGCAUCUUGCUUCCUAUGAAGGCAGCUGUUUUGGGGGAAUGCUACUUUACCUCCUCUAGGCAGACAUUUAAAUGUGCAAUUUGCUGGUGAACUGCAAUUUAGACCCCUUUCAGUCUCUCAGGGUUGCACCCUUUGGCUGACAAACCUGGUUUCCUGCUCUGGGUGGAACCACAUGGUCUUUAGACGGGGAGCUCCAGGCCCUCUGUUUACCAACCACAAAAAUCUGACAGGCCCAACCUGAUUGGGCAUCUGUAAGGCAAUUUCCUCCCAGAAUAAGCUUGCAGUGACACAAUUUUGUCAAAACAAAGCAUUUCACUCAUUCAUCCACCCGGAAGGUAUAUAGCACAGAGGGUUAGUAAGGGCUUGUCUACACUUUGGGUUAAACCAGGCUUCAGAGAGCGCACUAGGGAAAGCGCUCCAGUCUGUCCACACUGAGAGCUGAAAGCGCACUGGCGUGGCCACAUUUGCAGCACUUGCAGCUGUAUUGGGAGUGGUGCGUUAUGGGCAGCUAUCCCAGCUUUCAAGUGGCUGCAAUGUGCUUUUCAAAUGGAGGGGGGGGGGAUGGAGUGUGUAUGUGGGGGGAGAGAGAGUGGAUUUUUGGGGUGCUGAGAGCUUGUCAGCAUGCUGUCUUGUAAGUUCAGACCCACUCCUUCCCCCACCUCUCUCUCUCUCACUCAAAGCAAACAUUAGGUGUUCGUUUUUUUCUCGGACCAGAUAAGCAGCCGGCACUCCCAAACGGAGCUUGGGAGGAAUGCGGAAGUGGCCCUUUCAGAGUUCACAACAAAGACAAGAGAGGCCACUUUAGUUAAUGGGAUUAUGGGACGUUUCCAGAGGUCAAUCAAAAGCGCUGUCACUUAACUCCUCAAUUACACUGGAGCUGCAGCGUCUCACCCAACACACAACAGCUGUUAAUCCUCUUGUGGAAGUGGAGUACCAGGAGCGCUCCAUGUGCCUUGCCAGUGUGGACAAGGGAGUAAGGUAGAGAGCUCUAGGAGGCUUUAUUGCGGUAUAAAGUGCAAGUGCAGCCAAGCCCUAAGAGGCCUAUAUGUAUGAGUCAACCUCUCUAACCAUAGCUUAGGUAGGCCCAGUUUAUACCAGCCCCUGCUCCUGAAUCUGAGGGUUCGUUUGCAUUUCCACAGCCCUUUUCAGUCUGCUGCCAAACCUGUCUCCCCUUCCCUUUCUUAGGGGCAAAUCCUACAACUGGCUACUGUCUUACUAAGGCUGAAAAGGGAGGGGUAAAAACAUCUCUGUAGCUUUGCUGGCACCUGGUGGGUACAACUAAUAAUCUGGCAGGUGUGGUUGAGCAUUUGCUGGGAUGCUCAUUAUCUAGGUCAUUGUUUUGCCUUUCCUGUUUGGUUGCUCUAACAUGCUAUUGCAAGCAGUAUACACAAUAUUCAUAAAAAGUUUCCUAGUUCUUCAUAGCUGGCUUCAUGGGACUUUUAGAGCCACCAAAUGUUUAAUCUGCUCAUGGCACUUAAAGGCAUAUAGUGGUUGUGAAGGUUUAGAUAUGCCACUUUAAGUAGUGAAGGAAGUACUAAGGACCUUGACACAGCUGUAACUUAGUUCACACCCAACCUUGUUCAAUAAAGCAGAGGCAGCACGAAGUUUGAUCUUAUUUAAAAAAAAAAAUCAUCUCCUCCUAAGGAACAGAAAUCUUGACUUGUCUAAGAUCCAGAAGAGUUUCUUGUUGGUGAGAAGUUUUUCCUUUCCCAAACAAUGGUACACAAGCAUUUCCUAGCAUGUUACAGGCUUCUGCCUUGGCAAUAGUACCCUUCUUAAAAAGGGACAAGACAUAGAAUAGUAGAACUUUUAGAUAGCGUUAAGUGCGCUUGUUUCUUCUGUUCACCCUUUGAUAUUACACGUCAGUGCUCUCUUCGUGGGACAAAACACAGUGCAAACCAAACUGGCUUCUGAAGACAGGCCAAACUUUUCCCCUUGGGCACUGGUGACCUUUCAGUAGGGAUUCCUAGCUGCCACACCCAGGCAACCCCAGCAUACUUCUGAGGAGCAAGUUUUUACAAGCAGAAGGUUCUCCUAGUCCAGAUCUCGGAGAGGAAUAGGGGUUGCCACUGGAACUGCUCCUACUGAAGCAGUUGAGCUUUUCAUAGAGGGACAGGGAAGAAAAUAGCUUUUAGUGAGAUUCACUCUACCUACUACUACUAACUAAAUUAACUUCUACCUUUGCAAGACAGGGCUGCAAAACUGCCUGUGCCCCAUCCCACUUUUCACCUUUUUCUCCUACAAUGAGUUGAUCAGAUUGAGUUUUAAAAUUUGGUCCACCAUGAACUGUGAAUUUCCAGGGACCAGUGCUGCUCAUGUCAAUGUAACAUGUGAACAAGGUCUGUAUUGAUAAGAUAUGAAUGUUCUCAGCUAUUCCCAGUCCAGGAGGUAAGCCAGAGACUGGCUUGAUUGUAUAGUAUACACUUUACGGAAGCUAUUUAUAUAUGAAUGAAUGUAUAGAAAGGAAGGCAGGAGAAGCAAGACCUCUGAUUAAUUAACCUGGAAAGGCAGCUUUGGUUUCCAGACUGCAAUCUCCAAGCAAUACAGCUGUAUUAAAGGACUGACUGAGUUCUGAUUUUAGUAAACUUUAGUUUGCUGAUUUCAUACAGUGUACAAUUACCUUAAGAGAUGUUUGUGUCCCAACCGUGGGGUUUUUUACAAGUUUAAUCAAAAUUUAGUUGCAAAUAUGAAGGAGCUUUGUACAUUUUUUAAGACAAUUGUGAAUUGUCUAGAAUAGCUGUUUACAUCUUUUCUUUACAACAAAUAGGAAAUAUCACAACAGACUUAAAACUGGCAAAUCUUUAUAGAUUGAAUAGUAAAUGACAGAAGCUGUUAUUUUGGACUUUUGUAGUAAUUCAAAGGGAAAGUUGUUGUAGUGUUUAGACAGACCUAAGUGUUAAUAUUGUUUCUUGUAUUGCAUUUUUCAAUAAUUUUUCAAACUAC